AUGGAGAACGAGGGGCUCCAGGAGGCUCUGAAGGUCAAGAAGAAGCAGGGCAAGAAGGGCAAAGCUCUGCCUUUGAUUCAGCGGAAGGAGACUUGUGCUGGGACUCAGUGGUGGUCUCCAAGUAAGGUGUCAGAGGCUCGCUGGCGGGAUAAGGUAUUCACAAGAGAGGCAAAGGCAGAGAAACUCAAGAAAGUUAAUGCCAAGAAGCUCAGAGAGUCCAACAAACUACUCAAGGAUAAGCUUGACCAGGAGAAGCGUGAGAAGCGGGCAAGGGAGAAGGAAGAGCAAGACAAGGGAAGGGCCAAGGAGCGCAAAGAGAUAGAGAUGCGCAAAGCCGAACGACAGCGCAAAAAGGAGGAGAAAGAACAUGAGAAAGCUCUACAAUUGCCCCAAAGUAGUAAGCGAAAAGCUCCAAAGCCUCUAGCAGGGCCUAAGAAAAAGCUGCGUUGUGGUGCAGCUGCGCAUCGUGGUCCUCCUGCUGCAGAGCCCAUUAUGGAAGCACCAACUCGCACCACCCGCAGCGGUUGCACCUCCAUUCUGCCAGCACGUUUUGAGAAUCUCGUGAUAAUAGCUAAUAGCAACGUAUCGUCGACUUCGGGUGGCAGGCCAGAUACAUCCAGCACUUCGACGGAAGAGUUCUCGGCACCAGAAAAGCGUAUCGGACGGUCGACCUUUGCCCAAGACCACGAGGGCACCGUGCGAGCAUUGGCCAGGACUUUCGCUCUGCGCCGACUUCACUGGUGCUUUGAUACCAGGAUAGGCCGCGAACUAGAUUACACUCCCACAGUCCAGCCAGAUACCGGAUACCGGAUAUGCCACUGA